CUGUGCCAAACUUUCCACUAUGGCUGAAAAAACCAAUAUGGGAGAAACAAAAGGAGGAGACUUCCAUGAAAAAUAUUCAAAAUUCUGUAGAAUUUCCCUUCCAUUUUCUCCUUUCAUUAGUUGGGUCCUUCAAAUUUUAGAUCUUGACAGUUCUUGUUUCUUAUAAUGGCCGUCGCGGGAUUUUAUCGCAGAGUUCUUCCUUCUCCUCCCGCCGUAGAUUUUGCUUCUUCUGAUGGAAAGCGUCUGUUUACCGAGGCACUUGGAGAUGGAACUAUGGAGGGGUUUUUUAAGUUAAUUUCUUACUAUCAAACCCAAUCAGAACCUGCUUAUUGUGGACUCGCAACCCUUGCAGUUGUUCUCAAUGCUCUUUCUAUUGAUCCGGGUAGAAAAUGGAAAGGACCCUGGAGAUGGUUUGAUGACACUAUGCUGGACUGCUGUGAACCUUUGGCAAAGAUCAAAACUGAUGGUAUCACAUUUGGUAAGGUUGCGUGUUUGGCUCGCUGCAAUGGUGCUAAAGUGUUGGCUUUUAGGACAAAUGAAAGCACAGUUGAUGAUUUUCGUAAACACGUUAUAUCAUGUUCAUCUUCUGAGGACUAUCAUGUGAUCACUUCCUACCAUAGAGGAGUUUUUAAGCAGACUGGAACUGGCCAUUUUUCACCAAUUGGUGGUUAUCAUGCUGGAAAAGACAUGGUUCUCAUCUUGGAUGUUGCACGUUUCAAGUAUCCUCCUCAUUGGGUUCCACUUACCCUAUUGUGGGAUGCCAUGAAUACAAUUGAUGGUGCAACAGGACUACCUAGAGGGUACAUGAUUUUAUCAAAGCUAACCAGGGGACCGUCUAUUCUUUACACUCUGAGUUGUCAGCAUGACGGUUGGAAUAAUGUUAUAAAAUACUUAACAGAAGAAGUUCCUUUACUCCUGAAAACUGAAAAUGUGAAAAGUGUAGAGGAAUUACUCUCUGUAGUAUUUAAAUUCCCACCUCAAAAUCUCAAGAACUUUAUCAAGUGGGUUGCAGAAGUUCGGGAGCAAGAGGAUGGGAAUGUAAAACUAAAUGCAGAGGAGAAAGGAAGACUGGCUGUCAAGGAAGAGAUAUUGGAACAACUACGAGCGACUGAACUCUUCAAACAUAUCAAACAGUGGUUGGCAUCUGGGACUCUAUGUGAAGGCUUCGAAUCUUUGUUUGACAGAGAUGAAUUAUACGGAAUUGCUGCAACGGUUUGUUGUCAAGGGGCAGAAACUUUAGCUGCAAAACCUUGCUCAGCUGAUCGACGUUUAUGCAAAACUGAUAUCCACCGUUUGAAUGCUGAAAAUGAGAAGCCAGCGGUGGUCAUGUCAGGGACGGUUGUUACUAAUGCUAUCAAAGAAGGAGUAGAUAUGUUGGUACCUUUAUGUAAAACAGAACCAAGUCAUAUUUCAGAUGAGUGCUGUUGUCAAUGGCCAUCUGUUAUUGAUGUUCUUACCAUAUUGUUGCUAUCACUGCCUCAACAUAUUUGGUUCAACCUUAAAGAUGAGAAGUUGUUGGCCAACAUUAAUAGGCUUGUUGGAGAAAACUACCUUCCUGCUUUGCUUCAGGAUGAGGUUCUGCACUUGAGAGAACAAAUGCACUUUCUUAUGACUGAUCUCAGCUCUUAAUCCUCCUCUUCUUCACACAACUUUCUAAUGUUGUUAGAGAAAAGUGACUGCAUCCAAAAAACUAACUACAGCAACAUGUGCUGAGGGAGUGGUAAUGGAUGGAGCAACCACUCCUUAGGAUCAUGAGAUGGGAUGAUUUUGAACAGAAGCUUGAGUUGCUGCAUUAGAAGAAGCGAAAUACACUCUUGGUUUCUAGAGUCUGAGUUUGAUAUUCGGUUAAUCUUUUGAAAUUCCAAAGGGGAUGCUUUAUUCCUUAAAGUUUGGAAUAUUUUUAUCAAGACAAUUCAUAGGUUGAAUUAGUGGUAUGACAAUUUUGAGCAUUGGAGUACACUAUUAAGUAAUGAAAAUAAAAUUGAGAGGGUUUGGACAAUGAAUGUGAUUGAACAAUUUGGCAAUGGAGGAAAUUUUGUAGGUAUUUGAUGUUUUUGUAAUCCAAGCUCAAAAAUGGAGUUCCACUCCUAAAAAGGGUUCUAAGAAACCACUAGUCAGAAAGAAUGUCUAUCUUUUAUAAGAAGUUUUGUUUUAGGUUA